CACUCACCCAUUCCAGCACCCCAUUUUCUUUCUUUCUUUCUCUCUCUUAUUUUUCUUUGCGUAAACUUAUAUAACAGUAUACCCACACAGAACACACACACACACACUUGGUAGUUAUAAUAAUAAUACGAAUGGCACUGCGACCGUUGUUGUUGGUGUUCACCAUCAUGAGUGUCUUGGCACACCAAGUGCUUGGCUUUUACGUACCUGGCGUGUCGCCAGUACCUUACAACAACCAUGAUCAAGUACCUUUACUCGUCAACAAGAUUGUCUCGGAAAACACCCAAUUACCUUAUGCUUACAGUGAACUGUCAUUCGUUUGUAAUGCUGCUGGUGCCGAUGGCGGAAAACGUACCUGGCUUAACCUAGGCGAAGUGCUACGCGGUGACCGAUUAGUGGCCAGUGAUCUUGAGCUCCGUAUGGGCCAGGAUAUGAAGUGUGAAACGCUGUGCAUAAAGACAGUUUCGGAAGAGGAUUCGAAUGAAAUCAAGCAAUUGAUCAAGGACGAAUAUCGCGUGGAGUGGGUCGUUGAUAAUUUACCUGGCGCCACGGUGCUCAAGUUCAACUCAUCUGAUCCAACCACUGCACUGCUUCCUUACUUUGCUCUUGGUCAACUCAAGGGUGACCAAGCAUUCAUCCAUAAUCAUUGGACUUUACAACUCUUGUACCAAACAAGUAGCAAGAACCCUGAAAACAAAUACAUUGUAGGAUUCGAAGUAUACCCUGCAUCUUAUGCGGAUGCUGGAUCGUGCGAGAAACAAGAAGCGAAUGUCCCGAUGAAGCAAGUCGGCGCUGGCAAAACAUCCAUCACGUACACGUACUCGGUCAUUUGGAAGGAAUCAACAGAUAUCACUUGGGCAACACGAUGGGACCGCUAUCUCCAAAUAUUCGAGUCGCGCAUCCAUUGGUAUUCCAUCAGUAAUUCGUUGGUGAUUACCAUGUUUUUGACGGGUAUGGUGGCCAUGAUCAUCUUGCGCACAUUGAAGCGCGAUAUCACGUCCUACAACACAACCGAAGAAGAAGAUGUCGAGGCCUUGGAUGAGGAUUCCAUUGGUUGGAAAUUGUGCCACGGUGAUGUCUUGAGACCUCCAAAGCACGCUUUGCUGCUGGCACCGUUGCUUGGUUCGGGUGUCCAAUGUCUCAUCAUGGUGGCUGGAACUAUUGUGUUGUCAAUGUUUGGCUUGCUCAAUCCAUCCUAUCGUGGCGGACUUGUUUCAUACGGUUUUGCGUUCUAUGUAUUGGCAGGAUCAUUCGCAGGAUAUUAUAGUGCUAGGAUGUACAAGGUUCUUAAGGGUCAACAAUGGUUCCGAAAUGCUCUCGUUACGGCAACAUUGAUCCCUGCUACCAUGUUUGUUAUUGAGUUCAUUCUCAAUCUAUUCGUGUGGGGCCAACAGUCCUCAGCUGCUAUCCCAUUCGGCACAUUCUUUGCAUUGAUCAGUCUGUGGUUCGGCGUAUCCACACCAUUAGUCUUUGCGGGUGCUGUUUUUGGUGCUCGAAAACCGAUGCCCGAUAAUCCAGUGCGAACGCAUCAAAUCCCUCGACAGAUCCCUGAUCAGCCUUGGUUUCUUCAACUGCACAUCAGCAUGGCUGUUGGUGGACUGAUGCCAUUUGCUGUCAUCUUCAUUGAACUGUUCUUUAUCUUCAAAUCUAUCUGGAGUGACCAAUACUAUUACAUGUUUGGCUUCCUGGCACUUGUAUUUUUCAUUCUGGUCGUGACCACCGUCGAGAUUGCCAUCGUCAUCACAUACUUUAGUCUUUGCAGUGAGGAUUAUCGAUGGUGGUGGAAAUCAUUUGCCGUAUCCUCGGCAUCAGGCGUAUACGUCUUUUUGUAUUCCAUCUUUUAUUACUUUACACGACUCAAGGUCGCUGGCUUUGUUGCUGCCGUCGUCUACUUUGGCCACAGCGUCAUGAUCUGCCUGAUCUAUAGCUUGUGCAUGGGCACCAUUGGCUUCUUUGCCACUUUUCUGUUUAUUCGCAAAAUCUAUGCAGCUGUCAAAGUCGAUUGAAACUUUUUAUUUCUUAUAUCUAUAAUUUAUCGUAAAGUCAUCAUUCAUCCCCUUGUCUUUCCUUUCCAUUCCAUAAAAAAACCUCUCUCUCUCUCUCUCUCUCUCUCUCUCUCUC